UUUCUCUUUUAGACGGCGAUGGCAGCAGGAAAGAGGUCUGCACCGGUUACUGGGGGCCCUUCGAAGAAACGCAAACUCGGCCCCGCCAAACAACCCUCGAAACAAGUCGGGCCUCCCAAAAAAUAUAAUGUCAAGCCGAAGGACAAGAACAAGCAGAAGGCAGCGGACAGAGGAAUGAUCCUCGUACCUGCUAAUGCCAGCGAUGAUGAGGCAUAUCUCUCGGACCAGGAUGUAGAGCUAUUGGAAGAAUAUGGCGGUGCCCUCUCGUUCUUGGAUGGCCUGGAUCAGAAAGCGAUUUCAAGGAGCAAAAAAGAAACAGAAAGACUGCGACAAUUGCAAAAACCGAUCAGGAAAGCACCUGAAGUGGACGAUCUUCCGUCGCUCGACUCGGACGGGGACGAGGACGAGAACGAGGACGAUUGGAGCUCUGGGAUGGUAUCGGAGGAGGACGGGGGCUCAUCCGGCUUCUCUGAAAGUGGAAUGGACUCCGCUUUGGACUCAGACUCGGAUGCUGAGAUGCCCUACGAAAUUGCGCCUCGGAAACACAGGCCAUCCUGGGACUCCGCGAAGGAUACCGCAAUCGAACGGCUGCCUAUCAAGUUGGCCAACGGGCGUGUACAGAAGUCUGGAGUGAAACUCAAGCAACUCUCUACCAGUGAAGACAGUAGCGAAGAGAGCGAGGAGGAAGACGAACGAGUCGAGGAGCCCGCACGAGAAGAUGUUGCCACGGGUGCCAGAUUUGGGCGUCCCGCCGUCGUCGACAUUUUGAGCAACCAAUCCCGGAGUCACCGGAUCCAAGGAGCAAAGGAGCAGAUUGCCAGUAUCUGUCAGGAUAUCAUGGCUGAUCCUGAAGGCAGCCUCGGUCUUCUACGUCGUUUGCAUACGUUCUCUCUCGCUCAAGUAUCAACGCCGACACAUCCUGAUCCCGUUCCUAAUGACCCCGUGAUCCGCAAACUCGCAAUCCUUUCCCAGCUCGCAGUGUUCAAAGACAUCAUCCCUGGAUACCGAAUCCGUGCAUUAUCGGACAAGGAGAAAGCAGAAAAAGUCAGCCAGAUGGUCGCACGAACACGAGAAUGGGAACAAGGACUAGUGGUGGUCUAUCAGAACUAUUUGCGAGCGCUUGAAGCUGAGCUGAAAGCCAAAAGUGAACUCGCUGAUAUUGCUCUGGGGGCGAUGUGCACGCUACUGACAGAACUGAUCCAUUUCAACUUUCGCGUGAAUCUCAUGAACUGCAUCGUGGCAAGACUGAGCAGAAAGUCCUGGGACAAGAUGUCGCAAAACUGUCUCGACACGUUGGUGAAAACGUUCAAAAGUGAUGUCACUGGCACAGCAUCGCUCGAAAUCGUUCGUGUGAUCAACCGGAUGGUCAAGGAAAAGCGAUUCAAUGUGAACCCCAAUGUGUUGACAUGUCUCAUGCAUCUCCGGCUCAAAACGGAACUGGGCGUCCGCUCAUCUGACUCGCACGCGGACAAGCCCGACCAGCCCAAACGCAGCUCAGCCAGUAAGGAUGCUGCAAGACGAUCAAAGGGAAAGGCCACGUCCCAGCCCCAUCUCAGUAAAGCGGCGCGGAAGGUCGCGAAAGAGAAGCGAGAGAUCGAUCGCGAGUUCCGGGAAGCUGAGGCACAAGUUGAUAAAGAGGAGAGGUCUGCCACCCACACCGAGACGCUCAAGCUGCUAUUCGUUCUGUAUUUCAAGAUCAUCAAGCACGACAGGCCCACUGCAUUGCUACCCGCAGCUUUGCAAGGGAUAGCCAGAUACUCGCAUCUCGUCAACAUUGACUUUUUCCGUGAUCUCCUCAAAGUCCUGAAGGACUUGGUGGUGCGCGAGAUCGAGAGCGAAGAAGACGAUGAGCCAGACAUGACACGUGAUGUGCGACUUCGUCUCCAGUGCAUCGUGACUGCAUUCGAGCUAUUGAGUGGACAAGGUGAAGCAUUGAACAUUGAUCUCAUUGUUCCGCGCGUUGGAGCUGUCGUUUGCGCCGAGAUCAGCUGGAAGUGCAGCACCACCUUGGCGGGCCGCAGCAUUUGCAAAACGGCUGCUUACAGCAUCGUUACACUGGUCCCAAAAGCAGCUCUUCGCUCCAUCAAGUUCGUUGCAGGGCUGAUUGGCCGAGAUGGGAAGAUCGCGGCCAUGCUGUCGACGGAAGAGCGUGCGCUGGAUGGCAGCUACCGACCGGAAGUGGAUGAUCCCCAGUUGUGCAAUCCCUUUGGCACGUGCUUCUGGGAGCUUGCUGCUCUGAGCAGUCAGCACUGGGAUCCUGACGUCCGUUCCGAGGCUGCCAAAGUCUUAUCGUCCAGUCGAGCGUAG